AAAGUACAUAACCAAAAAUCAGUCCGAGUUACAUUAGGCGCUCUAUUUAUUACAACCCAACGCGGUUUGGUUCGGUUUUGGAUUAUGAUCGUGGAACUUUUACUAUAGAGAUAAUGCUACGUGAAUAAUGAUGAUAUUAAAACAGGUAUUGUCGUUCUCAUGUGAUGUUAACAAUCGUAUGCGCCAUAUAGUGCGUUCUGUGAAAUUCGGAGUUAGUGUUUCUACGCAUUUACCAACGACCAUUGGUCCACUAUCCUUAAUUCCGAACCUUCACCAUGUUCGAUUGGUAUCCAGUUUUGACUUCAAGGACGACCCAACCCUACCGGUAUCGUCCGUAUUCAACGUCAAAAAAACGGUUAAAUCAUCUCCAUUCGAGUGCACGGAAGGGUUCGCCUGUAUUCGUACGGUUUGUCCAGUUUGCAACGUUGUUCCGGGCGAGCAGAAUGGGCAGGUGAAAAAUGAAACCAUCUAUGUGAAUAAAACCACCGGCCACUUCACCUGCUCCGCCUGUCAGCACUUGGGACGGUGGGACCACAUAGAGAAAUUCUUCCUGCCGCACAAUAAGAGCCCUCGGACGAUUCAGGAACUAAGGAAAAUAAGAGAUGUAUUUUUGGAAGGAAAAAACGCUGAUUCGAAGAAAUCGGUUGAAAUCCCCGGCGAGGCGGUGUUGGUCGAUGAGGGGUUAGCAGUGCAUGUUAUUAGUAAGUUAGGCUUAAAGGAAAUUCCAGUAUCCAGUCUAGUUGCCAUAGGGUCUCGGUGGAAUGUUGAAAAAGGCCAUUUAUACGUUCCUCUAGUUGACGUAGAAUCUAGAAUAGUUGGUUAUAAAGUACUAAGUCAUUCAAACCAGAAUGGUGAAGAUAUGGUGAUAGAACAAACCAUUCCCGAAGCUAAUUCUUCAGGUUUGGUAUAUUUGAAAUGUCCUGGAGCGACCACGAAAGCGUCAGCCAAGGAUCAUUCAUCGGCCGUUCUAGUACUUAACAUUAUGGAUCUUCUUGCAUUGAGCACGUCUAGAAUAAGUGCAACAGCCAUUUGUCUUCCACACGACUUGAAGAGCCUACCUCAACAGUGCCUUCCCGGCUUGGAACGGUAUCAAAAGCUGACACUCUGGUUUAAUUAUGAUACAGCUGGGUGGGACACGGCCCGCAAUUACGCCAAAAAAUUAGACGAACGUCGGUGCACAUUUGUUCGACCCACGGACGUUCAUCCCACUCCGGCCAAAGCACUAGCAUUAGGGUUAGACCUAAAAGGGAUUCUGGCCAAAGCACAACCCAUAUUGCAUCAGUCCAUCACUACGUUCCACUCGCUUCGACAGGACGUCCUGAGCGAUUUACAGAACAUAGAUAAAGUGCAAGGCGUUAAAUGGAAGCGAUAUCCUACUUUGAAUAAGCUACUAAAAGGUCAUCGAAAAGGCGAGCUGACGGUUCUCACCGGUCCCACCGGUUGCGGGAAGACUACUUUUAUGUCUGACUAUUCCUUAGAUCUUGCCCUACAGGGCGUAUCCACGUUAUGGGGUUCGUUCGAAAUCCGAAACACUAGGCUCGCCUCCACACUUCUAAGGCAAAUGGCAGGACGACCGCUAGAUGUCAAUCUUUCGGAUUUCGACCACUGGGCAGAUCAGUUCGAACGAUUACCUGUCUAUUUCAUGACCUUCCACGGCCAGCAACCCAUCAAAGUAGUAAUGGAAGCAAUAGAGCAUGCCCAAUAUGUGAACGACAUUCAGCACGUGAUCAUUGACAAUCUCCAAUUCAUGAUGGGAGUUUCAGAGGAUACCAAAAACUUAGAUCGCUAUUGGAAGCAAGAUGCUAUCAUCGCUGCAUUCCGGACGUUCGCUACGAGAAAAAACUGCCAUGUGACGUUGGUGAUUCACCCCAGGAAAGAACGCGAUACGGACGAUUUGACAACCAGUUCGAUUUUUGGUGGAGCAAAAGCUUCACAAGAAGCAGAUAACGUAUUGAUUAUUCAGGAUAAGCGACUGACUUCGGUACGGGGGAAGAAAUACUUGCAGGUGGCGAAAAAUCGUUACAGCGGUGACCUCGGUAUUAUACCUUUGGACUUCGACAAAGCUAGUCUGAGUUAUGCGCAAAAGCGGAAAAAGCUUGAACCAACAGAUACAAAUGAACCAACAGAAACUACCAUCAGUGAUUCCUAAGGUAAUUAUUAUGAUUUAUAUUUACUUUUUCGAUAAAAGUAUAAGUCCAAAAAGUUUGUUAGACACUUACAAUAGAUAUUUAUAUGAAAUUAUA